UACUAGAUUUUCAUCUCCCAUUAUGUACUGUACUACAUUGUCAGUAUCCUCACAUACUUUCUCUAUCUCUUCGUCUUCAGUGAGCGAUGUUGUCAUGUAUAACUGAGCUAUCGUUGACGGUGUUGGUUUCCUAUAGAUUCUGACAAGAACUCUAUACUAAUUGUUCACUGUAACAUGCUCUUUGCUCUCCCUUUCUACUCGUAACGAAUGCUACUUCCGUUAUAUCAUUUUCUGCUACUGUUGACAUGACCCUAUACCAAUUUGACCAGAAUUUCUUGUCUUCUUUCCGUUUCACUUCACUGAUCCCUAGUAUAUCUAGACUGAGUGUUUGCAUUUCCCUUUUCAGAUUUUCUAGCUUCCGUACCUCAUUCAAGCUUCUGACAUUACGUCGUAGAACGUGUUGCUUUCGUUCAUUAUUCAACCUUUUGUCAUUGUCGCCUCCCCCUUUGCAGUCCCUUUCUGGAGAUCUGAAUAGGGGACUAUUCCGGAAUUUUUUACCAAAGGAGAGAUCAUCAAGAGACUUUUUUAAUUACAGGCCAUAUGUGCUGUGGAUACAGGGAAUGUUUCUUUAAUGCAGUGGUUUCCAUUGCCUUCUGCAUCCUCAUGCCGUUGAUCAUUGCUGGUUCUUUCGCCUUUAGGUUCUGUUUCCCGCCCCAAAGACAAGAGAGUGCACUGAAUAUCUGUCUUCUUCCCCGCCCUCUUUGACAAGGGCGUUGGCAGAAUGAGAGUUAUUUCUUAUGCCGGAAGUCUUCGCCUGCCAGUACCCAUUAUAUCUAGCUUUAAACAGUCCAUUUCUCAUUUUAAAUUUUCUAACCUGCUACCUAAUUACAAUAUCUGGCUUUCCACGCUCCGAUCCGCGGAACGCCAGUUUUGUUUCUCCUGGUGAUGACAUCAUCCUGAGAAGUCCCCACAUGGAAUUCCGAAUGGCGAACUGUUUUACUUCUGGAAUAUUUUACCUGAGAGGAUGCCAUCAUUAUUUAAACACACAUGCCCUCCGACGUUUUGGUUGAUGUUACAAGGCCAGAUCAGUCAGUCGUCCAGACUGUUGCCACUGUUAUUACUGAAAAGGCUGAAAGAAGAAACAGUUUUCUCGACGAUGAUGCACACAGACCCUGGGGGAGAGGUUAAAGCUGAAGGACACAGACUGCUGCUGCUGCUGCUGCCGCUGCGCUGGAUCAUCCCUCACGGAGCCCCGCCGCUGCGGCGGAAGUGCGUGGGAACGGCAGCCGCGAGGUCGCAAGCCAGCUCACGCCUCUGCGUGCCGGCGCGCCACCAAACGCACCACUGUCGCCACACGGCCGCGUCGCGUUAUCCGAAUACGGAGCAGCUCUGUUUGGGCAUCUGCCUCUUAGUGGCGUGAAAGCGUGCUAGUUUGAAUGGAACAAUGGUACCAUAGGUAAAAUGGCUUAUGGAGCUCUUUGUGUGUCUUACUAAGCGACGU